AUGUCGUUUCCCCCACCCCCCGCAGCCCUCGACUGGAACGAUAUCGGCUUCAAAGUCCGCGAUGUCAAUGGCCAUGUCGAGUGCCAUUACUCCUUCUCCGGCUCCGGUCAAUGGUCUGCCCCGCGCUUCGUGGCCAGCCCCUUCUUGUCCAUCCAUGGCAUGGCUCCGGGGUUGAACUACGGGCAACAGGUUUACGAAGGCCUCAAGGCCUUCCGACAUGCACACAAUAGCAAGAUCACCGUCUUCCGGCCCGAUCGCAAUGCCAAGCGGAUGCAGCACUCUGCCGAGGUCGUGUCCAUCCCGCCCGUUCCGGAGGACCUCUUUCUCCAGUGCGUUUGCCUGGCGGUGGGCGCCAAUGCCGAAUACGUCCCUCCUCAUGAGUCUGGUGCAGCAAUGUACGUGCGUCCGCUUCUUUUUGGAUCCUCGGCGCAACCAGGCCUGAGCCCACCGGACGGCUACACGCUGGUGGUAUUUGUCAUGCCGACCGGGGUGUACCAUGGAGCCCAUGCCGUGGACGCUCUGAUUCUCGAGGACUUUGACCGAUCGGCACCACACGGAACGGGCCAUGCCAAGGUGGGAGGGAACUAUGCUCCUGUUCUCCGGCACAGUGAUAAGGCACGGCGCGAAGGAUUCGGCAUUACAUUGCACCUGGACAGCGCCACUCGAAGUGAGGUGGACGAGUUUUCAACAUCCGCCUUCAUUGGGGUGAAACGGGAUGGGGACCAGGUCACCAUCGUGCAUCCGGAUAGUCGCAACGCCAUCGACUCGGUAACGGCGGCCUCGGUGGGCGAAAUUGCACGUAGCCUCGGAUACUCGGUUGAAAAGAGACGUGUUGACUAUGCAGAAUUAGGUCACUUCGACGAGGUCAUCGCUGCAGGCACUGCAGCAGCACUUGUACCUGUGCGAAGUAUCACAAUGCGCUCCAAAUGUGAUAAGUUCCAAUACCGGUGUGGCGACCAGAAUCAGGGGGGCGAAGUAUGCGCCAAGUUACUGCAGACCCUACGUGGUAUUCAAUCAGGCACCAUCAGGGAUACUUGGGGCUGGAAUAUGGAAAUUCAAGCGCCACCAAAGGAUUGGCUAGAAGAAGGCACUGCUGAGCGAGAUGAGAGCGGAGCCAACGUUCCAUAG